ACUCUUGAAACAGUAGAUAAGUUAUACAUUACUGUUUGUUAACUACUUAAAGGCAGAACUUUAAAGGAGCCUCAGAGUGUUCUAAUAUUGUUUUGCAGAAAGUUCAAAAGACCACCAUGUUUCGUGUAGUCAAUUUUAUACUAGCUGUGAUAUUUUGCCAGUGGUCACCAGUAAAUGGUUUUAAAGCCACUUUGCCGACACUGUAUGAGCACUACACACAGGGAGGGAUAUCGUCCGGACUCACGACCUACCCCGAGGGCUUCCUGCUCAAUGGGAAGAACAUCACGAUUGUCAGCGGAGCCAUCCACUACUUCCGAGUCCACCCGGAGUACUGGCGCGCCCGACUCCGGCAGCUGCGAGCGGCCGGGUUUGUUGCUGUCGAAACGUACAUACCGUGGAACCUGCACGAGCCACGUUCCGGCGAGUAUGAUUUCGGUGAAGGUGACAAUGACUUCUCGUUGUUUCUGGACUUUGUAAAGUACUUGAAGGUGGCUCAGGAAGAGGACCUGCUGGCGAUUGUUCGUCCGGGCCCGUGGAUUGCUGCGGAGUGGGAGAACGGGGGAUUGCCGAGCUGGCUGUUAAGAGACCCAAACCUGAGACCUAGACACAGCAACAGGCCGUUCAUCUACUACAUGAAUAGGUUUUACGACAAAGUGUUCCCUAUUCUACGCAGACUGCAGUUCACUGAAGGAGGUCCAAUUAUUGCUUUUCAAAUAGAGAACGAGUAUGGUCUGGUUGGGAAGGGUGGCAGUCACCCUGACACAGCCUACCUUCAAGAGAUAUACCAGGAAAUGGUGAAGCAUAAUCUCACCGCCCUCAAGUUCACUAUGGAUGCACCGUUUAAUUCUUAUAAAAAUGGUUCCUUACCAGGAGUGCUGAUGACCGCGAACUUCCAGACGGACCCAGUGGGUCAGCUGAAGGAACUGAAGAAGCUCCAGCCCGACCAGCCACUGUGGGUGAUAGAGUCCUAUCCCGGGUGGUUUGACAGCUGGUUCGACUCACAGCACUACACCAUGAGCACUCAAGCUAGCAUUGAUAUGACCAGAGCUAUCCUGGAAAUGUCAUCCUCCAUCAACCUAUACAUGUUUCACGGAGGUACAACUUUCGGGUUCAUGAACGGUGCCAUUCCCAAUGCACACACUCCUACCAUCAAGUUCCACGUCAACAGUUAUGACUACGACGCGCCCGUCACAGAAGCGGGGGACUACACGCAGAAGUACAAUGCCACGGCCGAGCUGGUGAAGCAGUUCCUGGCCGUCGACACAAAGCUGCCACAGAGGCCUCCAGAGAGCGUCAAGCAAGCCUAUGGCACAGUCAGUUACACUGGUCAGCUGACUGUGAGCCAGCUGAUAGACCAAGUGCCCCGCGCGGACCGAGUGCGGGCGGAGAACGUGGUCGCCAUGGAGCUGCUGGACAUCAACAGCGGCAGCGGCCAGAGCUACGGCUUCGUCGUGUACAGGAGGAAGGGUGUGGAGGUCCCCAGCAGCUCGGUGCUCCAGAUCACUGGAUACGUGCACGACAUGGCCGUGGUGUUGGUGGACGGAGUCCGCGAGACUCAGGCCGUCACGAGUCUUCGACAAGUCAGCGAGUUUGGAUGUUGGCAGCUGGGCAAUGGGAGUCUUACAUUGGACGCAGCGAGCAGUGGCACGAACAAAACCCUGGACAUAUUGGUGGAGAACAUGGGGAGGAGGCUGAGCAAGAAAGGUCUGUACGAUGGAGACGUGCUGCUCAACAGGCAGGCAAUACGUGACUGGGAGAUAGUGGCCCUGCAGUUUCACACCAAGUGGGUAAAGAGUUUGACAGGUUGGCAGAAGGUGUCGAAGACAACAGGCCCGACCCUGUUCCGAUCCGUCCUCGACGUCUCUACUCCUCACGACACUUUUGUCGACAUGUCUGCCUGGGGGAAGGGGAACGUGUUUGUUAACGGGUUCAACAUUGGCCGCUACUUCAGUGUGGGCCCCACGCACACUCUGUACGUUCCUGCACCGCUCCUGCGCAAGGGAGCCAAUGAGAUCCUCGUUUUUGAAUUAUACUCACCAGGUCCACAUCUAACAUUUACAGACCAGCCAAAACUAAGCAACUGAACCAUCGUGUUAGUUCUAUGUCGUAUUGUAACAAAAUAUUUGUUUUGGGAAUAAAGUGUUUCUCCUAUCACAGUAAAAAAAA